AUGGAGACAAGGCGUGUGCUGUGUGUCCUGUGCCUCCUGCCUUUUCUCGUGGUUCCCGUCCCGGCGGAACCAGAGCAGAGCCGUGCCGAGCAGAGGAAGCUCAGCGUCACCAGAAACAAGAUCAUGACGGCGCAGUAUGAGUGCUACCAGAAAAUCGUGCAGGACCCCGCCCAGCACGCCGAAGGCACGCACUGCAACCGGACGUGGGACGGCUGGCUGUGCUGGAACUACGUGGCGGCCGGCACCGAGUCCGUGCAGCACUGCCCCGACUACUUCCAGGACUUUGACCCCUCAGAGAAGGUCACGAAGAUCUGCGACCAGGACGGACACUGGUUCCGACACCCGGCGAGCAACCGGACGUGGACCAACUACACGCGGUGCAACACCAACACCCACGAGCGGCUGCAGACGGCGCUGAAUUUGUUCUACCUGGCCAUCAUUGGACAUGGAUUAUCUAUCGCGUCGCUGCUCAUCUCACUCGGCAUAUUCUUUUAUUUCAAGAGCCUGAGUUGCCAGAGGAUUACUUUGCACAAAAACCUGUUCUUCUCCUUCGUCUGUAACUCCAUCAUCACCAUCAUCCACCUCACGGCCGUGGCCAACAACCAGCCCCUGGUGGCCACGGAUCCGGUGGGCUGCAAGGUGUCCCAGUUCCUGCACCUCUACCUGAUGGGCUGCAACUACUUCUGGAUGCUGUGCGAGGGCGUGUACCUGCACACGCUCAUCGUGGUGGCCGUGUUCGCCGAGAAGCAGCACCUGCUGUGGUACCACUUCCUCGGCUGGGGGUUCCCGCUGAUCCCCGCCUGCACGCACGCCGUGGGCAGAAGCCUGUACUACAACGACAAGUGCUGGAUCAGCUCCGACACACACCUGCUCUACAUCAUCCACGGCCCCAUCUGCGCCGCCCUGCUGGUGAACCUCUUCUUCCUGCUGAACAUCGUGCGUGUGCUCAUCACGAAGCUCAAGGUCACGCACCAGGCGGAGUCGCACCUGUACAUGAAGGCCGUGCGCGCCACCCUCAUCCUGGUGCCGCUGCUGGGCAUCCAGUUCGUGCUGCUGCCCUGGCGGCCGGAGGGCCGGCCGGUGGAGGAGGUGUACGACUACGUCAUGAACAUCCUCAUGCACUACCAGGGUCUUCUGGUCUCGACGAUUUUCUGCUUCUUUAACGGAGAGGUGCAGGCCAUUCUCAGGAGGAACUGGAAUCAAUACAGAAUCCAGUUUGGGAGCGGCUUUGCGCACUCGGACGCCCUCCGCAGCGCGUCCUACACGGUGUCCACCAUCAGCGACGGGACGGCGUACAGCCACGACUUCUCCAGCGAGCACUCCAACGGCAAGAGCGCCCAGGACAUGGAGAACGUGGCCUUCAAGCCGGAGAAGCUGAAUGACUACAUCUUACAGUAG